AAUAAAAAUAAAUUCCAGAGUUGGAAUAAAAUUAAAGAUGUGACAAUCCGAGCGGUAGAAGAAUCAGCAAGAACUGUGGACCCUCGCGUUUGGGUUCUGGUUAUGGACUGCAAUGGGUUGUAGUGUGUUGCUGUAACUUAUCCCCCUUCCCUUAUUACCCUAUUCAUUGUCAUGGGUUUUUCGUCGUACUUCUUUCAGCAAGUUCAGAAGCACUGCUGUGACGUUGUACAGCUAAAGUUAAAAAUACUUUACAAAAACUAUCCACUUAAUAUAUUUAUAUUUAUAAUAUUUAAGAAGAUAAAUAUUUAAUUUUUCUUCUGUAAUUUAAUCACAAACAUAACCAAUGAAUUAACAUACAAGUCUUUGUAAAUUGACGUUAUCUUUAUGCCCAAUAGAUAUAAAAAUGUUUGGAGAAAAAUAUCGAUUGUAUGCAAGUGUAUCAUUUGCAUUUUUAUUACUUGGAAUUGGAGUGCCUCUAUGGUGGCAUACCACAGCAGUACCACGUGUGACACUGCCGUACUCCGGAAUCGGGGAAUUAUCAAACCUAAAUAUCAAAAUACGCGGUCAUGUUAUAAUUGCAUCGGCUUCCGAGCAGCAUGCUCAAGUUAUAACAAACCAAAUUAAAAUGGCGUUUGAAAAUUCAACGCUAUACAGCCUCAGUGUAUCAUAUGAAGUUAUAUCUAAGAAUCUUGUAAAUUCAGUUUUUACGCAAUAUGACCAUGAGAAAAUCGCUCGUACGUUUGACAUUGGAAUCGGAGAUUUGUUAUUUCUCGAAGCGCCCAAUCUAAAUGAGAUUAUUGUUGGUCAUCAUCGGGCUAUUUUUUUCCCAACAAAUACUGAUGCGUUUAAACUGGUACAAAUAUUGUCUCACAUGAUUCUCAGGGAUGAAUCACUGAUUUUGACAAGAAACGCUAUGACAGAUCCAACAAAAUACAGCUUGGAUGAAGAAAAUCGUCGCAGAUUUCCUCCGAGUUCCACUUACGAUGUUUUACUUACAGUAGUUAAUCCAGACCCUCAAAAAUUAAUAGUUAAAUGGGAUCUGUCUAAUAUAACUCGGGACUAUCUUGAGCCAUUUUUGGAUCAAUUGUCAGUCAUAGCAAAUUUUUCUGUCAAGUCGCAAUGGCUGUACUUGAUGCCGCUGGAUAUUACACCGAAGCAAAUACCCGACAGCAGUGAAUUGGGAAGACACUUUGCUUUGUCAGAGAGUAUUUUACCGCAAUUAAUAACACCGCUAGAAAAAAAAUUGGCUUCUCAAGUAAGUUUGCAUCCGUGUAUAAAUCUCGUAAUGUACUCAGUUCCUUGUGAUCAAUCACCUUUGUAUAUUUAUACCAAGAGCGGGCACAAAUCAAAAUCUGUAAACAAUGUCAAAGCAUUUUUAUCUCCUCGUUGGGGAGGUGUAGUAAUUUCAAACUCUCCGACUGACGUUUGUAAACAGGCAAUUAAAAGUAAUUACGAAAAACCUGCUGAAGUUGUUCCAAAUGCGGUAACGAUCAUGGGAGUUUUCUUGUCACAGCUGAGACUUUUAUUAGGAAUUCCAGAGCCGGAUGAUAAAAUUCCGGGGAUUAUGGUAACUCCCACGCCCGGGGAAUCGAUUCUCCGUGAAUGGGAAUUCGACGCGCUUUUACGGGUUCGCGCGAUCGAACAACUUACAUCAGCAAAAUUAACUUUACAGUCACUGGCACAACUUUUGGAGGAAAUUAGUAAUAUUGUUAUUACUGAAACUGUCGGAAAUAGAAUAAAGACUGCUCUUGACCUUAUUCAUCUAUCAGCGGAAAAAUUACUCGAUGGAAAAUUAAUGGAGGGCUUUUCUUUGAGUAAAGAAUCUUUUGUUACCGCAGAGAAAGCUUUCACAGAUCCGUCGUUAUUGGCGCUUUUAUACUUUCCUGAUGAUCAAAAAUAUGCAGUGUACAUUCCUUUAUUUUUGCCCGUAAUGAUUCCAGUAUUAUUAUCUUUGAAAAAUAUAACCCGGUAUUUUUUAAAUAAAAAAAGUCAUUGAAA